GGUCAUCCUCCAAACUUGCCUCUACUAGUGGAGAUCCGAUUGCAAAUCCCAACCUUGUGACUUGACGCUCCUCCCUCAUGAUAGGCAAACUAAGGUAGGUAGCGUUAUGCACCACCGUUUUAGGAAGAGAAAAGGGUCCAACAUCUGCCGUGCUUAACGCGGUUACCCAUGGAGAUAGGUGACAAGCUUGUCCGCGGCUUAGUUAGCCCCCAAAUGGUCCAUGUGUGUAACAAGUGAUGGAUCAUGUGGUUCCCUCCUUCCAUCUGUUAAUAAGUGCGGUUGAUGGUGGGUGGUGUGUUCAGCAUAUAUAUACCCCGCUCUUUUAGUCCCCCAUUCUUGCCCACCUACCUAUCUACCCCUCUUCAAACUCUCACCCCUUCCACUAUCGUGAACUUCAACUUACACUCUCAACUUUUCACUCAAACCAAACAACCAACAACCCGCCAAACACUUCAAGUAACCAUGCACGACGGAAGCUGCCCCAAGUGCGGUGCCGCCUCAGAGGGCAAGUCCUGCGGCAGCUGCGGAGCUACCUGCCCCAACUAGCAGACUUCCCCUUCCCGUCGUUCACCCUCCCCCACCAACUCCCAACGGCAUCGGUUCCUUCUGUCUCAACUAGACGGCCAACUCCCCCUCCACAAUCUCACCCGUCCACACCGCCAACAAGAACAACGGAAAAGACACCGCCAACAAAUGGGCUUUGCCGGGUUCAUAGGCCGUCAAGCAGGGAGUUACGUCUACCUAGCCAAUGUUCGAAAGGUGGUGGAUGACGGAGAAACUAGUUCCUGAUUUCCAAUUUUUCUUUCUCGCUGUUUUUUGGUAUUUUUUAUUUGUUUCCAUGA